AACUAAAAAUAAAAUACUUUGAGACGUCGGAUCUAAGAUCAAACAGAGAGUGACUCUCUUAAUCAAAAUUGGACAACUGGAUAGUAGGAAAGGCAUAGAUCAAUCGUUUAAAUUUGCAACCUCAUGCAAACAACACCUAUAUAUAGAGAGAGGAAGUAAGCUAUGCUUCUUUUUUUUUGACAAAUGAGAAGUAAAGCUAUGCUAUUAGGUGCUCUUUUUCUUGUAAUGUUUUUGGAAAAUAGUUUUGAUGGAUAAAUAAAGCCUCACUUCAUAACUCAUCGAAAAUUACAACUCCACCUGAUCGAAAAUUACAACUCCAGCUUUGAAAAACCUUGUAUCGAUCAUCUUGUCUAAAACAUUAUAAUUGUGGACAAAAAAUAGGAUUUCAAGCUCUUAAAAUGGUGUAUAGCGUAACAAAUUAUCUAAACCGUUCAUUAUUUUCCCAAGUUCAAGAUCGUCUAGAUACGUAUCUGUACAUUUUUUUCAGUUUCAAAAUUUUCUGUCAGAAAAUUGAUUUGAGGUGAGGCUUUAUGAGAACAGAGGCUUUAUUUUGUUUUCACAAAGCCUGGCUCUUAUCGGGUUGAUCAUGACUCGAGCCUGAGCUCUCAUGUCAAGUCUGAGACCAAGAGUGAUGAAGAUGGCUAUAUAUCAGGUUUAGCUCAGAAAAUGGCUGGUUCUGUGUUCGAUGGUGAUGAAAAGGUGAAUAUGGAGCAGUUUUUAUGGGAUGGAAAUGGAGGUUUUGGAAACCAGACGUUGGAGGCAGUAAAAUAGUUACAAAGGGUCUACACUCCGGCAUUGGCGGUGUUGGAAAAAAUAAAAAUAGAUGCGUAACUCUCCUCUUUCAAUAGGACUCUAACUCUCUUCUUAUAAACAAGAUAAGGACUUCCUUGCUACAAUCGAUAUGGGCUUGUCCCUCUAACAAAUUGUCGAAGCCCACAUAUCCUCCAAUGCUACAGCCUUGCUUCUCUCUUCCUUGACAAACUAUUUUUCUUCAGAGCUCUUUACUUCAAUGGCAGACCUCCCAUAUCUCCUUCUUCUAGAGAGAUGCUCAAACAUGAAGCAUCUUAAGCUAAUCCAUGCUCAUACCAUUGUAACAGGCUUUGCCCACUUUGCUUUUGUGAUAAGCAGAAUAAUGGCAGUAUGUGCAGUGCCAGAUAUAGGGGAUUUAAGCUUUGCUAGGAUUAUUUUUAAUCAAAUUGAGAAGCCCACCAUCUUUAAUUGGAACACCAUGAUUAGAGGCUAUUCAAAAAGUAACAAUCCUAAAGUGGGUUUUCAUUUCUACCUUCAAAUGCAAUCAGGAGGAGUUCUCCUCAACAAACACAUGUUCCCUUUUGUGCUUAGAGCGUGCAUUGGUUUGGGAUCUCUUUUUCUUGGUAAAUCCAUCCAUACCCAUAUUAUGAAGCAUGGUUUUGAAAGGGAUUUAUAUGUGAAUAGUGGUCUCAUCAAGCUCUACUCUUCUUGUGGAGACAUUGAAAAUGCUCUACAGGUCUUCGAUAGAAUGUCUUUUAGGAAUAUAGUGGUUUACUCGAGCCUUAUUAGCGGGUAUUGUGCUUGUGGGCUUGUGGAUGAAGCACGAGAAGUUUUCAAUGAAAUGAGCGAGAGAAAUGAGGUGGUUUGGAGCGCUAUGAUUUCUGGUUAUGCCCAAAAUGGAUGCUUUCAAGAGGCUAUUGAUUUGUUUCAUAAAUUGAGGGAGACUGAUAUGGUGCCGACUAGAGCAUCAUUAGUAAGUGUGCUUUCAUCAUGCGGUGGCAUUGGUGCUUUGGAGGAAGGGAAAUGGGUUCACUCUUUUGUGGACCAAAAUGGCUUCAAAUAUGGGCUCGAACUUGGAACUGCUCUUGUGGAUAUGUACGCAAAAUGUGGGUGUAUUGAGAGUGCGUAUUUUGUUUUCGAUAGGAUGCAUAAGAAAGAUGUGUUAGCAUGGAGUGCUAUGAUAGGGGGAUUGGCUGUGCAUGGGCUUAGCAUGCGUGCCUUCGAGCUUUUCGUAGACAUGGAGAGAAGUGGUGUGAAGUCUAAUAAAGUGACCGUUAUAGGUAUUCUUGGUGCUUGUAAUCACGGUGGCUUGGUUGAACAGGGAUGGUAUUACUUUGAUUUGAUGAGAAGAGUCUAUAAAAUUUCACCCACAAUUGAACACUACGGAUGCAUGAUCGAUCUCUUAGGUAGAGCUGGCCAAUUCAAUGAUGCUGAAGAGUUGAUGCAAAGUAUGCCCAUGAAGCCUGAUGGUGUGAUAUGGGGAGCUCUACUUGGUGCAUGUAUGAUUCAUGGAAACUCGGAGUUGGGUGAGAGGGUUGGGAAAAACCUAAUCGAAUUGGAACCACAACAUAGCGGUAGGUACGUGCUAAUGGCCAAUUUAUAUGCUGCUAAGGGUAAGUGGGAGGGUGUGGUGGAUAUGAGAAUAAUGAUGAAGAAGAGAGGUGUAGCAGUUGUACCUGGCCAUAGCUUCAUUGAGAUUUAUGGGAUUGUCCAUAGUUUUCUAGUGGAUGAUAAAUUUCAUCCUCAAUACAAUGAGAUUUACCAAAUGUUGGAUCAAUUGACCAAAGAGCUAACUUCACCAAGUUUUGAAAAUUAUAAUUCAUAGUGCACUAAGGGCCUGUUUGGUUCCUAGGAUUCAGAUUUCUGAGAGUCACAUUUCAAGGAAAACUGUCAAAAAUCAGGUUUGGAUGCACAUUGACAAAAGAAUUCACAUUUCUGCUGAAUUCACUUUUCCACCUUUUAAGCAAAAAACGUGGAUUUCUCAAUUCCACCAAAAUAGGUAGAAUUCAGAUUGGAUGGAAAAAUGGACUUAAAAAAAGUGCGGCAAGUUAUGUUACGAUUCAUAUUUUAAGCUCGCCCAAAGCCUUUCCCAGUCACCUGUGAACCCUAGAUGUCCAUUGCUCUCUGAAACCCUCACGCCAUCCCAUCUCCUCUUUCGGAGACCCCAGUCACGCCUGAAACCCUAGACGCCCCUGAAACCCCUUUGCUCUCUGAAACACUAACACCAUUGAACCCCAGUCGCCCAUCUCGUCUCUCAGUGGCCCCAGUCGCCCUGGAAACCCUAAACACCCUUGUAAACCGACCCUUUGCUUUCUGAAACCUUCACGCCAUUAAACUCUAGUUGCCCAUCUCCUCUCUCAGAGACCCUGGUCGCCCCUGAAACCCUAGACACCCCUGAAACCCCUUUGUUCUCUGAAACCCCUUUUCUCUUUGAAACCCUCAUGCCAUUGAAACCCCUGUUGCCCUCUCUUAGAGACCCGAGUCACCCAUUUUUUGCUUAGAGCUUGCCACCCAUCUCGCUUGAAGCACCCCAGCUCACACCUUCUCGCCGAUUGAAGCUCGCAGUGACCUCAUAUAGUUCACAGGUAGACCUCAUCUCUCUCUAAAUUUUCCUCCAUCUUUCUCUCUUCUCUCUCUCAAAUGUCUACGUGCUCUCGAUCCUUCAUUGCUUCAACCCAUUUGCAUAGUGAAAGAUGUUAUUGUGUACAAGAGAGAUGUUAUUUUGUUGCCCUCUUUGUAUCCUGAUUGUUUUUUUUGAGGGAUGGCAUUGAUCCUUUGUCCUUUGAAACUUUACACAGGCAUUCCUUAACACUCGGUAGAGAUUUCUAUUCUCUCAACUUGCAGUUCACUGGUCCUUUGAAAAAGAGGGUUAAUGUGUCGAAGCCCUUUAAAACCUUUUUUUUUUGGUGGAACUUCUUAAUGUCUUUAACCAUCUUUGGAAGUCUAUAUUUUGCAGUCAUAUAUGUGUAUUAGCCCAUGUUGGGCCUUUAAAGCUCUUCAUGCUUAGCUACGGGAGACUAUUAGUUCAAAUUUUUAAUUGUGCCGUAUUCAAUACAUGAUUUUUCCAUUGAUUAAUAUACUGUGGUGUCAAUAUUUGUUGUAUGCGGAUCUAUGUGGUGCCAUUAAUUAAAAUUUAUUGAAAGUGGCAAUAAUCUUGUGUACUAAAAUUUAUUGAAAGUGGCAAUAAUCUUGUGUACUUUCUGAUUUGUUAUAUAGUGCUGGUUGUAAAAACAGAAUGAUAAAUUACUGACUGUCCCCAUUGAUUAUCUCAUUUUAUGCUGAUUUAAUUGAUAAUGUUAUACUGAUUUUAUUUGCCAAUGUUAUACUGAUAUAAUCGAUAAUGUUAUGUUGAUAACAUUAUACUGAUUUUAUUUACCAAAUUCUGUAUUGAUGUUCUGAUAUAUAAUAAGUAUGUAUGUGCUGAUGAAUGAUGCUUGCAAGAGAACAUUUAUAAUGUAUUUGGCAAGAGAACAUGCUGAUGAAGUUAUUUAGUAAUGUAAAUGACUAACAUUUGACGAAUGAAUUUAUAGGUCCAGAAACUUACUAAGCAUGAAGAUAAAAUUGCUAUCUAUAUCUGCAAUAAAUGAAAUAUUGUAUGAUGCUUUCAAGUACAACAAACUAAAACUUACCAUGCAUGGUUGUUGACUUAGAUCCAUCGAGUUGAUAUCUACAAUGACUAACCAACAGAGAGACACAACUGACUUUGAAGGAAUGAUGGUAGUUUAUGUUGUAUAUGUGGCCAGUUUAAGUGCCGUGGUUACUGCUUUUCGUAGAAAAAGGGUCCCAAUCAAAGAGCAUUAGGCACUAACUUCCAUAGCUCCAUGAUCCACAUAGAUGAAGUGAGUUGUUGUAACCAAAUAAGAGUAAGUAGAGCUGCCUACUUCCAACUUAGGGAUACUAUUAGGCAAAGAGGAUACAUAAACGAUACGUUCUUGAUAUCUCUAGAUGAGCAAUUGGUUAUGUUCUUGCACACGAUUAGCCACAACUUGAGGAAUCGCAAGAUAGGUCACGAAUUUGGGCACUCAGGGGAGAUUGUCAGCCGACACUUCAAUCGCAUGCUGAAUGCAAUUUUAAGACUCUACCCUGAUUACAUUAGACACCCACAAUUGGCUACACAACCGGAAAUAAGCGGAGAUGAGAGGUUUAAAGGCUACUUCAAGGGUGGAAGGUUCAGCAUCAGAUUCUCGUAUUCUUCAAUAUUCACUCACAUGUGCGGACCCUCUUCAUGUGCCCCCUGGAAGAUACUACUUGGUCGAUGCUGGCUACCCAAAUAUUCAAGGAUUUCUCUCUUCGUACUGCCAUUCGCGUUACUGUAGGAGUGAUUUCAAUCGUGGUAGUCAGAACCCUCAAGACUAUAAGGAGAUUUUCAACAAGACACAUGCUUUGCUUCGAAAUGCUAUUGAACGUGUCUUUGAUGUCCUCAAAGCACGAUUCCCUACAUUGAAGGUUGCCACUAAUUAUCCAAUUAGGACACAAGUAAAGAUAGGCAUUGCUUGUUUUUAUUGCACAAUUUCAUUAUAGAAGUUGAUGGUGAAGUCCAAGAAAUUGGAGGAGAUGUCAACGUGGAAGGACAUGAUGAGGACGAUAACAUUGUGGUUCCUGAAUCAGAGACAUUUAGGAGGAGUUAAAGGGAGAGGGAUGAUUGGGUGAAAUGGCAAUGAAAAUGUGGAGGGAUCAUCUUUGCAUUGCUUAGUUUUCUGCUUUGUUGGUCAAAUGUUGUUGAAAUAUUAAAUUUUGAGUUCAUGUAUUGAUGUAGUCAAUGUAGUCAUGUGUUGAAUUAAUCUUAUGACCGUGAAAUAUUGCUUUCAAUUCAUGUUGUUAUCUUAUGAUAUUGACAAUUUAAUUAGGCAUGGAUGAUGAGGUUAUGGAGGUCGGGAGGGCAACCUCAAAGACCAAAAAAAUACAGUGGACUCCUAAGAUGGAAAUAGCUUUGCUGAUGUGCUCGUUGGACAGGUACAGGCAUGCAAUAAGCCAGAGGAGGAUUUCAAAUCAGCACAAUGGAAUGUUGUAGAGAAAGCUUUCACCAGAGCAAUAGGCAUGGUUCUGAAGAGAGAGAACUUCAAAAACAAGCUAAAACAUGGGGUACAAACUACAAGAUAGUUAAGACCCUCAUAAGCCACACUUGGAUUUGGCUGGGACUCAGUGAGACAGACAAUGACUGGUGUCGAGGAUCUUUGGGAACAAUAAUUGCGGCACAUCCCAAUGCUAAGCGGAAACCAUUUCCCUAUUAUGAGGAGUUGGAAAUACUCAUAAGCAACUCAACAGCCGAUGGAAUAGGUAUGAGGACAGCGGCAAUGGCCGAGUGGGAUGCAAUGCAAGAAGAUGAAGACAUAGGUGAGAGUGCGAGGGAGGCUCUAGUUGAUGAAGACCCUGGUAUGGAUGUUGUAGAGGAAGACAUUCAUGAGGCCCCUACACAUUCAAGGGCUCUAGUAAGAAGGGUAAAUCCCCUGCUUCAACUGAAGUCAGCAGACAAAGAGGAAGAAGAGGGCAGUGGCUGAUACCUUAAGAGAUGAUUACUGAAGCAGUGGCAGCCCUUGGGUCUGCAUUUGCAGAAUUUAAAAAAGCUCCUAAUCCUCAUAUCGAUGAGGUUUGUGAGGCCAUUUUCCAGAUUGAAGGUAUUGCAGAUGAUGUUGCUUCAAAAACAUGCAUGGGGAUCGGCUCAUAUGUGAAUAUGAGCAAUAUCUUCCUCAAGAUGGAUUCAGUCCAAGUGUCGAAGUGGAUCAGAUGAUUGUAACUGGUGCCUGAUGACUAUACAAUCCCUAUGGCCCUCUCAAAGUCUCUCUCUAAUUUCUUUUUUUAUGGAAACUUUAGAUAUCCCUCUCUCUCUCUAUCUCUUUGUCUUUCUUUUGCUCUCUCCCCUCUCUCUUUUUGGGUUAUGACAUGGAUGAGUUUCAAUCUCUCUCUAACAUUGGACAUGUGUUAUGACAGGUUAUAUGUUGUUCUUUUUUUAUGUGCUUGAGGAUUUGAUGUAUUUGGGAAUUAAGUCUUCAUGAAUCCUUGUUCUUUUUAUUAUGCAUUUUGCUAUGUGGAGAGUAUGGUUGUUUGGGAACAUGCUAUGUAAUGCCUUUCGCAACUUUUAUACCUUA